AUGGAGUUAUCAAGAAUUCAAUCAUUGGACAAAUCAACAAGCAAAACAACAAAGACAUACCAGAAUGCAGAAAUUGUUAAAUAAAAUAAAGCUUUCCUUUUCAGUGACGCAACUUCAUCUGAAGAGGAAGAAUUUAACGAAGAUGAUUAAAACAUUCCGUUAAUAGCUAAAUUAGCGACAGCCUAAUUUCAUAAGUUAUCCAAAAUUAGAGAGAAAAUCAAAAAGCAAGGUGAUAUUGAUUCUUAGGAUCUCAUUCUCAAACAGAGGGCUGAAAAAAGGAAGUAUAAAUAUGUACUUUCAUAUCGAGCAAACAUAAAACUACUAUGGGAUGCUUUCAUUAUAUGUUUAGCCUUGAUUGUGUCAAUCAUGAACAGCAUUUGCGUAUCAUUAGACCCACCUUUUAGAAGAACUGGUGGCUUUCCAGCAAUUAACCUUAUCGUUGAUUUUAUUUUCCUUCUUGAUAUGAUUUUAAUCUUUAGAACAUCUCGGCUUAAUUUUUUACUUGGUGAAGAAACUAAUGAUCCUUAUUAACUAGCACUUAUUUAUAUCAAGUCAUAUAGAUUUUGGGUUGAUAUACUAAGUAUAAUACCAUUUGAAAUGUUUGAUGAUAAAGACUUGCUUAUUUUAUUUAGUAUGCUCAAAAUUUUUAGAAUUGGAAGGUUCAAUAAAAUCCUUUAGAAUACCAAUCUUGUAUCCUAGAGUGUAGGUUCUAAGUUUUAUGGAAUCGACGAUGAUCUCUUUAAAUACGCUACUCUGAUCCAUUACUCAGUGCUAAUGUAUUUAAUCAAUGAGACAUCUCCCACUGUAUUAUACGAAAGACAAUUUGUGCAAGUUGUAGCUAUUAUAUCAGCAAUAGUUAAUGCAGUUAUAUUCGGCAAUAUUACCGUGCUUGUAUCUGAAUUAAAAAAGAAAGAAAAUGAAAUUCAAUAAAACCAGGAUGCUGCAUCGACUGCAAUGACUAAUCUUGAGUUACCAAUUGAUUUGAGGAUGAACAUAUAAACAUAAAUGCAAGUACUCUAGAGUACUAGGGAUGAACCAGAAGAAUUACAAAUAUUUUUGAAUAGUAUUUCAGCAAGUAAAAGGCUAAAAGUUUAAGUGUGUGUUAUGAACAGAGAACUUAGAAAUAACAAACUCAUAAGUGGUAUGGCUAAGAAGAAGUUUGAUGCUUUCAUUGAAUUUAUGGUCUCUCGCAUGGAUUUGAUUCUUUCGAAUCCAGAAGAUAUUAUUAUAAAAGAAGGAGAAUCUCUUGAGGAAAACGAUUGCAUGUAUUUCAUCGCCAAAGGUAUCUGCUAUGCUGAAUAAAAAGAUAGAAUUUUUCAAUAAAAUACUAAUAAUUAUCUUAGAAAUCUUGGGCCUGGAGACUACUUUGCAAGACUCAGCUUUGACAAAUUUAAGGAGGUUGUCUAGAAGUACCCUAAGCUUCUUACUUAAAUGAAAGGUUAAAUCAAAGGAUAUGACGAUCCUGUUACGAAAUUCAUGACAGAAACUUUAGAGAAAAUACCAUACUAUGAUUAUUUUGACGAUGAUGAUAGGAUCUCAAUAAUCUACAGCUUUACUAUGAAGAAUUACCAAAAGGGUUCAUUAAUUCAAGCCCAAGGAGAAAUUCCUUAAAAUCUUACAAUAAUAUCUCGUGGAGUCGCUUAAGUUUUUACAACAAUAAAGACUGAAGAGUUCCCUAUAGAAUAUCUAUGCCAUGGCUCAAUUAUUAAUUAGAAUAUGUUUUUGCUUUAGUAGCCCGUUUAAAUGCCAAUAAAAUGUAUUACUUAAGUGAUGGUGCUAAAUUUUUCUUAUGAAAAGCUGAAGAUAAUUAGAGAUAAGAACUCAGAGAGUAAUCUCAAUAAAGAACUUGACAUACUAAUUAAAUUCUACAGAAAGGAAGGCAUUGAAAAAAUCUACCUUGAUUACAUAACUCCAACUCCAUUCAAUUUAUAGGUUGAUGACAUAAAAUAUCCAAGAAGAUAGGAGUUAACAAGGUAAUUGAAAAAUGCAGCUAUCUAAGUACUAAUGAAUUACAGAAAGAAAAAUCACAAAGUGAAUUUUAACGAUAUGCUUAAGGAUAUAAUUAAGAAGAUCAAAGAAAAAAAGAGAACAGAGAAGUAAAAGGCAUCUCUUUUAGCUAAAAGAAUAAGCGCAGGAGAAGGCGCUGAAUUGCCAGCAAUAAGCGAGUGA